CCUUAUUUGGCUAUUUACUAUCAUAGACCUUAUACUACUCAUGACAUAAUAAUAUAUAAUAUAUGUUUUGUCAUGAUAUUAGUUAAACUCAGUAUGCUCAGUAUAUGUACGUAUAAGACGUAGAAAAAAUAAUAGAUCCAUGUUUACUAUUGACUUAAAUAAAUAAAAUAAUAGCAAGUAACCUUCAUAUUCAACAAAUCUUAAUUACGUUGAAUUAAUAUUAUUCACUGUAAUGAUUUAAAAUUURAUAUAUUGUCAAUUACAGACUACAGUAAACUUGUUCUAAGUAUAAUCGCGCUUUUACUAAAACCAAACACCAUGGUGUACAAUGCAGGAGAAAUAGAAAAUGUCCGCGUUGCGGUACGUCUGCGACCUUUAAGCAAAAAAGAGAAAUCCUCAGGUUGUGUCCCUGUGGUCGUGGCCGAUUCUGAGAAUGCAGCUGUUUUUGUGCAAAAUCCAAACCCAUCACAUGUUGGUCCUCCUAAGACUUUCAUGUUUGAUUUGGUAUUUGAUUCUGAUUCAAAACAAUUGGAUGUGUAUAAUGAAGUGGCAAGACCGAUUGUUGACAAAGUUUUCGAUGGCUUCAAUGGAACAAUAUUUGCUUAUGGACAGACUGGUACAGGCAAAACAUUUACAAUGGAAGGAUCUCAUACCUCUCCUGAGCUUAACGGAAUAAUUCCAAAUUCGUUUGCCCAUAUAUUUGGUCAUAUUGCUAAAGCAAAAGAAGAUGUCAAGUUUUUGGUUAGUGUUUCUUAUUUUGAAAUCUACAAUGAAGGCGUUUAUGACUUAUUGAGUAAACAUGUGUCUACUGAAUUGGAGGUAAAAGAGAGACCAGAUGUUGGUGUAUAUGUGAAAGAUUUGUCAACAUAUGUAGUAAAUAAUGCAGAUGAUAUGCACCAACUGUUGAUGACUGGAAACAAAAAUCGUGCUACUGCUGCAACAGCCAUGAAUUCUGAAAGUUCCCGGUCACAUGCAAUAUUUUCAAUAACUAUAGAAACUAGUCGACCUGAUGUUACCGGUGAAUACCAUGUCAAAGUUGGCCGACUUCGAUUGGUUGACUUAGCAGGUUCCGAACGACAAUCAAAAACAGGCGCUCUUGGUAUAAGAUUUAAAGAGGCUACAAAAAUUAAUUUAUCUUUAUCAACUCUUGGAAAUGUAAUUUCUGCAUUGGUUGAUGGAAAGUCCACUCAUAUUCCAUAUCGCAAUUCAAAACUUACUCGGAUACUACAAGAUUCUUUAGGAGGAAACUCGAAAACUGUUAUGUGUGCUACUGUAGGACCAGCAGGCUUCAACUAUGAUGAAACUAUUAGCACUUUACGAUAUGCCAACCGAGCCAAGAAUAUUCAAAAUACAUCUAAGGCUAAUGAAGACCCUAAGGAAGCAUUACUUAGACAAUUUCAAAUGGAAAUUGAAGCUUUGAAAAAGCAAAUAGAUGACAGUAGUAAGGGUCUUAGUGAAGCAGAUGAUGAUGGUGAAGAGGAAGGAGAAGAAGAAGGGCUGGUUGUCGGAGCUUCCGAAGAAGUAGCUAAUGCAGUACAAAGCAAACGUGAAGAAUUGGAUGCAGCACGCCAAGAAAUGAUUAGGUUAAAAGAGAAAUUGGAGAAUAUGGAGAAAAAAAUAAUUGUGGGUGGUGAGAAUCUAUUAGAGAAGUCUGUGGCACAAGAGAAGUUGUUAGAAGAUUCAGCAAAAGAGUUAUUAGAUAGAAAAUCUAGACAGAUGAAUUUAAAUAUGCGUUUACAAGAAGUGCAAGCUGAAAAGAUGGAUACUGAAGAUAAAUAUAGUGGUCUGCAAGAGAGAUCAGGAGCAUUAAGUAAGAAAUUGAAAAAAUUAUCAGCAGCCAUUUUAGCUGUUAAAGAAGAUCUUAAAGAUACUGAAGACGAGAAUAAAAGAGAAAUAGUGGAAUUAAAACAGAUUCUAAAACAGACAUCUAAAGAGUUGAAGAUGCAAGAAGUCAUUAUUGAGCAUUUUGUCCCUGAUGAUUACUUGGAACUCAUAAAAAAGAAUUCAUUCUGGAAUGAAGAAAUAGGAGAAUGGGAACUAAGAUGUGUAGCAUAUACUGGGAAUAAUAUGGCAAAAGAGUUGCCUAAUGAUGAAGAAAUUACAUUUGAGACUCGCCGACCAGAUUUUUCACAUGUGUAUUUAACUUACAAGGACAAAGUGCAGGCUAGAUCUAAGUCGAGAACUGGAAAACGAACUUGAUUAUUUUUUUGAGAAUAUACCCUAUUGUUCUUAUUUUCAGUGAUGUCAAAAACCUAGUCAUAUUUUUACUUUUUAUAAGAAUGUAUUACAACAAAUGAUUGUUCACUCUGUCUAUUUAGUUAAGUUUUGAAAUAUCCACAUCAUACAAGCAUUUACUUUGUUUUGUGGUUUUUUACUUAUAAUUUAUAAUUAGUAAAGUCCAGAUUUUGGAUAGUAAAAUAUUUUAAUAAUAAUAAAAAAUAAUAUAUAUAUAUAUUAACUUUUUCUUUCUAUAAUGUUAUGAGAAUUUCUUGGGUAUGAUAUUCACAGUCAAGUUAAAAUACAAAUUAUUGAUUAUCUAUCCUAUAUUGUUUUCCUAGACUUUGUAUCUUUUAUUCAUCGAAAUAAUCUGUUAAUAAAAAAGAAAUUAACAGUGGAUUUAAACAAAUUAAUUGAGGUAAUAUAAAUAUAUUAAAAAAACUCAUUGAAAGUAUAAUUGUAUCACUAUUAGUUAGGACAGCUUUGUGAAAUUCUCAGGAGUAGAAAUUUAUUAGAAAUUACUAACAAUAUUUGCAAUUUUUAGGAUACAAAAGGUUUAAUGUUCUAGAACUUAUCCAAAUUAUAAACAGAGUCCAWAAAAUUGUAAAUGUUUUAUACUUAUAUAUACAUAUAUAAAACUUUUACAAUUUUUCUAGAUUACCUGUAUACACAAAUGUAAUUAUGAACAUAGAAUUUUGAAUACAUUACAAUAUAUUUCUAUUCAUGGGAGGGUAAUAAUAUCUUAAGUUAAACUUCAUAAAUCAACUAACACUUAAUGCGAAUGAUUAUAAAAGUAACUAUAUACAAAUUAUGUAUAUAUCGUUUUCUUUAUCUUAUCCUAGUUAGUUACAUUACUAGGCCAGUUAAAAAAAAAAA